UUUUGAAGAUUCAACGUUGGAGGAGAGUUCCCUGUCUCCAUUUAUAGCACCAGGAAUUGACUUUGGAGUUCUUAUACUGCAUGCUGGGUUUUGGAAUUUGGACUGUGUUUCCUCUUGGUUUUGUUAAGGAGAUAUAACUGAGGUUUGGAGAUUCUGUUAUUUUGGUAUUUUUGGUGUGUUGGGUUUCACGUUUCAGACGUCCAGACGUAGUGUUUUCGCCUCUAAUAAGAGGACAAUUGUUUAGCUUUUGCAUCUCAAGUUCCACAUUCUAGAUAUUCAUUCUAUCUUUCACAUUGCUGACGUGAUCUCUUCCUUCUCGACGGGUUUGUAAACACGAGAAUUGAGUUGAUGGGGGGUAACAAUUCUAAGGAGGAUAAUAAUUGGAGGCAGAACUCAUCUGUGCGUUCAAGUCCCUCUGCUUCUUCUUGGGGUGCAUAUCCUGACCCCCACUCGGGUUACGGUCAGGGGGGCUACGCCUAUGAGCCUCAACAGCCUUCGUACCCUACACAGCAGAGCUAUUAUGCCCCUCCACCUCCGCAACAAAACUAUGGCUAUGAGCCUCAGCCUCAGCCUCAGCCUCAUGAUAGUGGUAGAGUGGCCAACCAUAGAAAUGAGAAGCGGUUAGACAGGAAGUACUCAAGAAUCGCAGAUAACUACAAUUCCAUAGAUGAGGUGACUGAGGCUCUUGCACGUGCAGGCCUUGAAUCGUCAAAUCUUAUUCUGGGUAUUGAUUUCACUAAGAGCAAUGAGUGGACAGGAAAGCAUUCAUUUAACAGAAAAAGUUUGCAUCACAUUGGGAAUGGUCCAAAUCCCUACGAACAAGCAAUAUCUAUUAUUGGGAAAACCUUGGCUGCAUUUGAUGAGGAUAACUUGAUUCCUUGUUUUGGAUUUGGGGAUGCAUCAACACAUGAUCAGGAUGUCUUCAGUUUCUAUCCAGAUGAGCGAUUUUGCAAUGGAUUUGAAGAAGUGUUGGGUCGUUAUAGGGAAAUUGUUCCUAAUAUUCGACUUGCAGGUCCUACCUCAUUUGCACCAAUUGUUGAAAUGGCCAUGACAAUUGUUGAGCAGAGUGGAGGCCAGUACCAUGUUUUGGUGAUAAUCGCAGAUGGCCAGGUAACAAGAAGUAUUGACACUGAACAUGGGAGGCUGAGUCCACAGGAGCAGAAGACUGUGGAUGCCAUUGUUGAGGCGAGUAAAUUUCCCCUUUCAAUCAUAUUGGUUGGAGUUGGAGAUGGUCCUUGGGACAUGAUGAAGGAGUUUGACGACAAUAUUCCAUCCAGGGCGUUCGAUAAUUUUCAGUUUGUGAAUUUCACAGACAUUAUGUCAAAGAACAUUCCUCCUUCUCGAAAAGAGGCAGCAUUUGCUCUUGCAGCACUGAUGGAGAUUCCUUCUCAGUAUAAGGCAGCAAUAGAACUCAAUCUGUUGGGUCGUCGAAAUGCCAAUGCUCCUCAGAGAGUUGCCCUCCCAACUCCAACAUAUGGUUCAGCGUCUAUGGGCACCUCAAAACCUUAUGGUUCCGCAGCAUCUUUUGGUGCUUCAAAACCGUACGGUUCAGCAUCUUUUGACACCUCAAAACCAUAUGGCUCAGCAUCUUUUGACACCUCAAAACCUUCUCAUGCUACUGGCUUUGAGAAGAGUGCCCCUUCUUAUUAUGACAACAUCGAUGCAGUUGGCACAGCUCCUCCAGCCCCAAGUUCCACAUAUGACAAUCAGCUUUGCCCCAUAUGUCUGACCAAUCCGAAGGACAUGGCCUUUGGAUGUGGGCAUCAGACAUGCUGUGAGUGUGGACCAGAUCUUCAGACGUGUCCUAUAUGUAGGAGCCCCAUUAAUACCAGAAUUAAGCUUUACUAGGGCGUCUUUCAUUGUGAAGUAAUUUUGUGGUGUGAACAAAAAUUCUUUGAUUUUUUAAUGUUUCUUGUUGUAUACAACGUUAGAUCAUCUCUCGGUUUCCAUUGAAAAAUGAUACAGUAAAAGAAAAAAAAUCCCAACCAAUUAAUUUUAUUUGGUUUGGAUUUGUAAAAAACAUUCGUGAAAUCCAAGCCGAACUAGUCUAUAAAUUAAAAGCAGGUUGGUUCUGUUCGGUUCA